AUGACUUCGUACGAUCGUUUAGUGCCAAUUGCCACCGAAGAUCUUCCAAUUCUUCGAGAUUUAUACAAGAAGAAUUGGCCUAAAUAUAGGAUUCCCUACCACACGAUUACUCACUUCACAUUCUGGCUCGAAACGUACAAUGUUGAAGACCUUUUGGUGUGGAGUCUGAAUGAUUCUUGGCGAGAGAAUGGCACAGUGAUCAUUAAGAAUCAUCGGGAUAUUCACUUUGCCACUCUCGAUUCCACUCAGGAGACCUUAGUCAGAGCCUUGUGCUUAAUGGAUUGGAGUGGAGGACCUCUGAUUUGUGGAUUUGAAGAACAUUUUCGGCCAGCCAUUCGAAAAGCUGCCGAAAUAGCUAAUUUCCCAAUCGUCAUUGAGGAUUCUUUGAAGCUCUUCACAUUGACGAGAGAGAAAGCCAGAGCCUUGCAGAAGGUUGAUCUUGACGAAGGUUUAACUAUCAGAAGACUCACUGUUGAGGAUGCGUCAAUUGCCAAUGAUUUGUGGCGAUACAAGAACUCCGUAACUGAAGUUCUUCUGCAGAAAAUGGCCAAAUACAACAUUUGCUACGGUGCUUAUACUCCCACUGACAAACUAGUGGGAUGGAUCUUCAUCACGCCCUACGGAGCCAUUGGUGUUCUUCAUAUUCUCGAGGAAUUUCGCGGCAAGAAGAUUGCUCAGGCUCUUGUUAUACAAAUGAUAAAGUAUCUCAUUGACACAUUCGCUGAUCUUGAGCCUUACGCUUUCAUCGACGCAUUGAAUGUGGCAUCGAUAAAGCUGUUUGAAAAGCUCGGAUUUGAGGAUCAACACGAACUUGGCUAUUUCAUAUACACAAAUUCAGAUAUUUAAUAGGAAAGUGCGGUGAAUAAUAAAAAGCUGGUUUUUGCUGAAGAAAAUCUAACUGCGAUUCCAUUUGGAUGGCGAAGUGAAUCUAAUUGCUUAUGAG